AUGAGAGGUGGAAGCAAUGUUGGACAAGAUAAUAUGCGCAAUGUCAAGCGUAUUCAUUGGUGCAUCGGGUUCUACUUUUAUAGAGGAUAUCUUGAAACUCAGAAAAGAUUGGAGAACUGUUUCAGAUUGCGAGGAGUAUCUCUGCAAAAUGAGCAGCCUAAUUUUGUAGCUGAUCAUGAAUAAGUUAGGAACAAAGCAGAUUAACACAAUCUCACGUCUUGUGAGAGUUCUCAACUUCUCAUCAUAAACAGUCUGAUUCUCUUUUUGUUCUUUUGUGCAUAGGUUAUUAGUGUAUCAUACAAUAAAGCCACGCUUCUCUGUAACUCAUUGCUGUUCCGAUAUAACUUCUGUGAUGAAAGUUUCUCAGUGAUUUAAAAUUAAA